CUUAGGCGUGCAGUCUGUUCGAUCUCACGCACCCUCAUAAACAUAUUAGUUUUUAGCAAAAUUAUUUUUCACAUUUAAAAAGUUUUAAUUGUAAACUCGGUUUUUUUAUUUUCUACAUAAUAGUAGUAAGCGUCGAAAGAGUCUCGUCGAGAAUUCACCUAUUCCAUACGAAUCAAGUCGACAAUAUUUGUAUUGGUUGAUUUUUCAUUGGCUCCGCUAAGAUGGCUCAAUCCGACAUAGAUAUGGUGUAUUUUGCCGAGAAGUAUCCAAGGGUUUUCCUAAAUCCGAGUGACGUCGAGCAGAGGUGGUAUCAUAGGAUUUUGAAACCAGUGUUUAUUGCAAAAGAAAACGACCUCGCACGAAUCGACAGAGAACUGAUGGACACGGGAGAACUCGACGAAACGACCGGCGUGUUUAAUAUGGUCAGUCCGAACACGUCCAAAAAGAUUUGGUCGUUCACGCAUCGGACACCACUUGACCUAAUCAAAGUGAUAAUUACCGGACAAGACCCGUAUCCGCCAAUGUUUCGGGGCAGGAAAAACGAAUUCGAGUCCGACGGGUUGGCAUUUUCCACAUUACACUGUGGAAACAGUCUUCCCGACAAUAACGUGUUGAAGCGAAUAUUCGACGCUGUAACAGACCAGAUCGAAGAUCCAAAUCUGGACAUGUCCCGCACGACGUUAGACUAUUGGGCUUGGCAAGGUGUACUUUUGUUGAACACUGGACUUACUCGGGGUGACGAAUCGCACACACAACUCUGGAUGAACAUCACUAGGGAAAUUGUCGUAAGAGUAUGCAAUUAUGUCCGCGCCCGGGAUAUGCAGCGCCGGCCCCUCGGCGUUCUGCUGUGGGGCUUCGAAGCCAAGUAUAAUUUUGGAAGGAUUUUGUCACGGCACUGCCACAAUAAUAUAACACUAACGUGCCGUCAUCCUUCGGCGGCGGCAGACAAACAUUUCAAGGGCCGGCCUUUUGCGGAAUCUAACCGACAUUUUGCGGAAAUUAACGAGAUACUAGAAGAAAUGGGCAAACAGCCGAUUGACUGGUCGACGGUGCCCGAGGAAGAACGCGGUGGCCAAUCGGACGACUAUUGGGAUUAUUACAACCAAUAGUCUUGAUCAUGUUUCAUAAUUAUAAUAAUCGUACCCAGCUUCAUUUAGACGGAUUAGUUACUCAAUUCAGUGACAUUACUUUCAAAAAAAAAAAAAAAAUAUAUUGAAUAAUUGUUUUGUUCUAUAUCCGUCGUACAUAAGUGGAUAA